AUGAUGAGUGCACUCAAGACCCAAGACAUCUUCUCCGCCGCUGAGCUCGCGAUGCUGGCUGAAAGGAAGUUGAGAGAGGAGAAGAAGAGCCGUCUCUGCCGCUGCACGUCUCUCCAAUGCAUCCAGACCGAUAGCCUUGUGGAAGGCGGCAGCCCUCACAAGAAGCCGCUGGAUGCGGAAGACUUUCGGUUCCAUGCGGUGAGGGAGGUAGCGUACAGGCAGUGGCAAGACAAGGUGCCGCCGAAGCAUGGAGGGAUGAAGAAGGUGUUCUCGGAGCUCGGGAGCUUGAGCAAGGCGUUGCAAGAGACGCUGGAGGAGGAGGCGAGGGGAGGAAAGGGCGAGCAGCUGUCGACGAUCCUGGAGGACGUGUUCACCAACGACGAGGGGCUGGUAGCGAAGCCUUACCUGGCGUGGGCGUGCAACAAGCUGGGGGUACAGCACAUGUACGCCGCCUUUGAGAAGCGGGUAGACAAGGCGAGGCAGGAGGCUGAGGCGGACUCCGAGGAGGAGGAGGAGGAGGAGCUGGGGCUGGAGGACAUGAUACGAGACUCGUUUGGCUUGGACUCAGUGAGUUCGGAGGCUAUGGGACCUAAACCUGACGGGAUCGUGGCAUGA